CGCUCAGCAAUUUGGCGCUAGAGCGGUCCCGGGUAGUGUCCCACAUAUCUGCAGACACAUUAAUCCUGUGACUUUAUUCAGAUUCUUGGUUAAUGAGAGAAUCUUGUGAUAUCAAUGGACAGUCAUGACUGAAGAGGACAGUAGGCUUUCCCUAGAACUUUUCAAAGACGUGAAAUUCUACGUGGUUGGGGACAUUGACCAAAAGGUGGUGCAGCUGCUGAAAGCAGGAAAAGGUAAGGAGGUUUCCUACAAUGCUCUGGCCACUCACAUCAUUGCGGAGGACGGGGACAACCCUGAGGUUGGCGAAUCAAGAGAGGUCUUUGAUCUGCCAGUUGUCAAGCCCUCCUGGGUGAUCCUGUCAGUUCGAUGUGGAGACCUGUUACCAGUUACUGGAUUCUCCCCAGAAUCAGGACAGUUGUUCUUUGGUGUGACAGCUUGCCUUCCCAGACUUCCAGAUGAUCUCAAUACUUUGUGGGCUUACGUAACCUUCUAUGGAGGAGACUGUCAGCUGAACCUUAACAAGAAGGUGACCCACUUGGUGGUGAAAGAACCAAAAGGAGCCAAGUUUGAGUGUGCUCUGAAGCACCCUGGCAUCAAGAUAGUCACCGUGGACUGGAUAACUGACUCUGUAAAAGACAAAACCAGGAAGGAUGAGGCGCUGUAUCAACCAAGGCUUACUUAUAUCGAGUCUGCAGAGGAGGAAGAUGAGAGUGAAGUGGACUCCUAUGACCAGAAUUCCCGUUCAGAGGGAAGCUACAGCCCUCAGCGGUCUCAUCUGUCUAGUGGUGGCUCGUCUGGUGAGGAGUCAAGCCCCCGGAGACGGCCAGGACCCAAAAAGUUGAACUCUGUCUCAUCCUCGUCCUCCCACAAACCAGUGCGCUGCAGUGAGCGCAUGUUUGACGACUCUGAUGACGACUCCUCCACAGAGAAGGAAGGUACCAACCUCAACUGGACACCAGCUGAAAUCAUCAAUCCUACACCCUCUAUUCAAGCCAGUGCAGUAAAAUCGCGCGGGGGUCCUCCUGGAAGCAAAGAUCCAGUGUCUGCCUCAGGCAGUGGGCUAAUUGACCUGUGUGCUACCACUGUGCCACCUGUACCCAGUAGUGGAGCCAUUCCUGCAGAGGCAAGCGCAGCUGCUACGAUGAGCACACAGCAGGGUUUACCAGCUUCAGACAACAUCCCUGGGUGGAGCUCAGCUGCUCGUACCCUUCGCAACAUUACUAACAACUCUGACAUGCAGCCAGCCAACCGAUCUGCUAACGUAGCACAUAUCAUCCAAAAUCUAACAGCCAAUGAGACAAAGACAUUAGAGCUGCAGCCCAGUCAGAGCCAAGCUCAGACACUUAACAGUUCCAGUCGUCUAUUGUUCAAUCAGCCCAAAAUUACCGGACAACAUUUCGCAGGAGAGCAGCAGCAACAGUCACUGCAACAACAAUCACACCAGGGUGCCCAGCACCCGCAUCCCAUGAUGCAUCACCAACAGCAGCAUCAGAUAAUACAGCUACAUCACCAACAGCAACACCAACAGCAGCCACCAGGGUUUUCACAGUUGCCCCAGCAGCAACAGCAGCAGUUUCUGCAACAACAACAACAACAACAGCAGCAGCAGCAGCAGAUUCAACAGCAGCAGAUGUUUUCACAGCAACAGCACAACUUCUCUCAGCAGCAGCUGCGACCCCAGCAGCUCCUACGGCCUGGUUUACAGCAGAUGCAGUUGCAGCAGCAACAGCUCCAGCUGCAAGAGCAGCAAAGAAUGCAGAUGUUACAGCAACAGCAGAAUCAACAGCAAUUGCACCAGCAGCAUCUACAGCAGCAGCAGCAACAACAACAACAACAACAACAACAACAGAAUUUCUUACAACAGCAACAUGCGCAGCAGCAGGCUCUGCAUCAUCAGAACCAGCAGCAGCAGCAGCAGCAGCAGCAGCAGCAGCAGAACCAGCAGCAGCAGCAGCAGCAGCAGCAACACCACCACCACCACACGAUGCUGCAGCCUCAGCUUGAGCAGACACCUCAAGUCACUCAGCUUUUUGGACAUGAACCUGGACAAGACAUCCCCCAGGAUGGCUUCCUGCUGGGCUGUGUUUUCGCUAUUGCUGAUUAUCCAGAACAUAUGGCUGACAAACAACUCUUGGCUACAUGGAAGAGGGUCAUCCAGGCAUGUGGAGGUGUUGUUGACCCUGCCCUUAACAGCCGCUGCACACACCUGCUGUGUGAGAGCCAGGUCAGCAACAUGUACUUACAGGCACUCAGAGAGGGGAAGCGCUGCGUUACUGCCCACUGGCUCAACACUGUGCUGAAGAAGAGGAGAAUGGCUCCCCCUCAUCGUACAUUACAUCUGCCUUUCGCCUUUCCCCCUGGAGCCAAACCAUGCUGUCAGCAUAUUAUAUCAGUGACAGGUUUUGUGGAUGCUGAUAGAGACGACCUGAAGCUGAUGACCUACCUGGCUGGUGCCAGAUACACUGGAUAUUUGUGUCGCAGUAAUACAGUUCUCAUCUGUAAAGAACCGAGUGGGCUUAAGUACGAAAAGGCCAAGGAGUGGAAGAUCCCGUGUGUGAAUGCACAGUGGCUCUGUGAUAUACUACUGGGCAACUUUGAAGCGCUGAGGCAGAUUCAUCACAGCAGAUACUCCAUCUACACACACCCUGAACCACUGGUGCCUAACCCACAACUAGUACAGAGCCUGCUGGCUGCCUGGAGAGCACCGAUUAAAGUAUUUCCUGAAGCUUUGGCGAGUCUCCAGCUGCACCAGAAGCAGAAGAUACUGGACUCCACCAACCAGCCUGCUAACAAGAAGGCCAGACUGGAUGAGAUGCAGUCCCCUAGUAAGAAGCUGCCUCCAGAGUCCACUCCUCAUGUUAUGUUCACAGGUUUUGAGCCUGUACAAGUACAACAGUACACGAAGAAGUUACAGACUUUAGGCGGUGAAGUAGCUGACGGUGGUCAGCAGGUCACACACCUGGUGGCUAGCAAGGUGACUCGCACUGUCAAGUUCCUCACUGCCAUGUCUGUGGCCAAACACAUCGUCAGCCCAGAAUGGCUUGAUGAAAGCUGGAAGAGGAAGACAUUUGUAGAUGAACAUGGUUACACUCUAAAGGACGCUGAGGCAGAAGUGUUAUUUGGGUUCAGUCUGGAAGAAUCACUGAAAAGAGCCCACACUGCGCCACUCUUCAAGGGGAAGUACUUUUAUCUCACUCCUGGGAUCUGCCCAAGCCUCAGCACCAUGAAAUCCAUCCUAGAGAGUGCUGGAGGAAAGUUGCUGGCCAAACAGCCGUCCUACAGAAAGAUCAUGGAGCAUAAACAGAACAAGAACCUUCCAGAGAUCAUCUUAAUUUCCUGUGACAAUGACCUCCACCUCUGUAGAGAAUACUUCAUGAAAAACAUUGAUGUCCACAACGCUGAGUUCAUCCUGACAGGCGUCCUCACUCAGAAACUCGACUACGACUCAUAUAAGUUCACAUGAUGUUGAAGUGACGACAGCCAAAGGAGGAUCAGAUCAGGAGGAGCCUGCCAACAGUCUAGCCACAACUUUUCUAUGUUUUUAUUUCUUUGCAGAUAUUUCCUGUAAUUUUCUAGCCUUUUGUUACCCGAUUAAGGAUUAAUAGGUGGAUGUUAUUUUUGUGAAAUAAAUGUUUAAAUUAUGAAGGAUUUUAACCAUUUUCCUCUUCAAAUUGCAUGUGUAAAGGUCUCGGCUUGCACAUGGUGCUUUUAUAAAUAAACAUUUCGAUUCUCAAAA